GUGGUGAGGUGUCGGACAGGGUUGUCUGGAUUGGUUCUGGCCUAAGGCAGAGGGAGGAGACUUUCACAAUGAAUGGGAGUUCUGGGAACACAUGUUUACUGAAGUUGUCUGGCUGUGCAGGGAAGGGAAGCAGAGAGAGGAAAGGAACACAACAAGAGGGACGUUCAGACGAGUCUUGUGAGGCCUGUUGGUCUCCUAGGGGAAAACAACCAACAUGUACGUGUUCGUGAGAGUCACAGAGGGGUGACAGGCUCUGCUGUCUCUCAAGUUGGGAUAGAUCUCUUGGCUGGACUUACUCAAUGAUCAUUGCACAAGUUAGCUCAGUGAACACACACAACCCUUUAACCCAAUUCAUCAAUGUUUUCAAGGACAUUGAGGACCUCAAGAUGUGACUAUACUUAUGGACAGACUAGCAUGAGGCAUCUAAGAACAUCAUCCCAGAAACACUGAACACCAAUGGCAGAGGAGCACAGUAACAGGAGCACAGGUCACAUGUGACGUCAUAUCAGGCAUAUCAGGCAGUAAUCACUGACCUCUUCUCAUACCAGUCCCCGUCAGCCGUACAGUUCUGACCUCUUCUCAUACCAGUCCCCGUCAGCCGUACAGUUCUGACCUCUUCUCAUACCAGUCCCCGUCAGCCGUACAGUUCUGACCUCUUCUCAUACCAGUCCCCGUCAGCCGUACAGUUCUGACCUCUUCUCAUACCAGUCCCCGUCAGCCGUACAGUUCUGACCUCUUCUCAUACCAGUCCCCGUCAGCCGUACAGUUCUGACCUCUGUUUCCAAGAUUUCAUGAUCACAUGCACCAUACCCAGUAGUACACUCUAUACCCUCUCACCCAUCUGGAAGCCCUGACAUAGACUGGGCAGUAGGUAGACUCAUCACCCAGGACACCAUUGGACACUCCGCACUUCAGAGAUGACUGGUAGCCAGUUUCUAAACUACCCUGCCACAGACUCUCCCUUCAGGUCUCCCAACUCCCACUCUAUUCAGCUCCAUUCAGUUGCCAUGACAUCCCCAAUCCCCCCUCUUUCCCAGGCCGCCACGGUCACCUCGCCGCAGCUCCCUCUGGCCCUGUGGCCCCCGCUGGACUUUGCCUUGGGUUCGUUGUCUUGCUGCGGGGCCUGUGUGUUCACUAACCCCCUGGAGGUGGUGAAGACGCGACUGCAGCUGCAGGGAGAGCUGCGGGCGCGGGGGACCUACCAGCGGCACUACCGCGGGGUGGUCCAGGCCCUAUGGGUGGUGGGUAGAACAGACGGGCUACGCGGGCUGCAGAAGGGGCUCUCGGCUGGGCUGUUGUACCAGGGUUUGAUGAACGGUGUGAGGCUGGGCUUCUACUCCUACUGUGAUGCCGUGGGUGUCACUGCAGCCCCUGGAGGGAGUCUGAUGUCAGGAGCCAUUGCCGGGGCUCUGGGUGCCUUCAUCGCCUCUCCUGCCUAUCUGGUGAAGACACAUCUGCAGGCCCAGACAGUUGAGGCCAUAGCAGCGGGUCACCAGCACAACCAUCAGGGGGUGUCGAGUGCCUUCGCCAAUAUCUACUGGCGGGAGGGAAUGGUGGGGCUGUGGAGGGGUGUGAACGGGGCUGUGCCUCGAGUCAUGGUGGGAUCAGCCACCCAAUUGGCCACCUUCAGCUCCACCAAAGAAUGGGUGGCAUGCCUGCAGUGGUACAGUCCAAACAGCUGGCUGGUUGCCUUGACAGCUGCCUGUAUCAGUGGAGUCGCAGUGACAAUCACCAUGACCCCGUUUGAUGUCAUCAGCACCCGCCUCUACAACCAGCCAGUGGAUGAGCAUCAUAGUGGUCGUCUGUACCAGGGCUUCUCAGACUGUCUGGUGAAGGUGUGUCGGACCGAAGGUGUGCUGGGACUUUAUAAAGGCAUGGGUCCUGUAUUCUUCCGCCUGUGCCCUCACACCAUUCUCAGCAUGCUCUUCUGGGACCUGAUGAGACAGAGAGCCUUCCAGGACGUCCAGAACCAGAGCUGAAGAGAAGAGGAUAUUCAGUCAAUCCUGGAUGACAAUGGAAGUUGAAUUUUAAAAUAAUGAUUAAUUACUAAACCAAACAGGUUUUGGUCUGUUGCCUUCGUCAGAGCCAGACCUGAGAGAGAGGGCCUCAUACUGUACAUGGACAGAGUUGAGGUUUAAUAAUUGACAGGUCCAUUGGUGGAGAGAAGGAGAGACAUUGAGGAGUAGACACUCUUGCACUCACUCAGUGGUUGACAGAAAUGAUACAUAAUGGCUUGACAUACAUCACUUAACUUAAACAAUUUGUUCCAUCUCCAGUUUAUUUGACUGACACUGCAAGUUCCUGGACAGUGAUGAUGUGGAAGAUGAGGCUCACUCCAUGCCUAAGCCUUAAAGGGGCAAUCUGCAGUUGCUAUAUACAUUUUUGGACUUAUACAUAAAUUAUAUGUAUCCAUUGAUUCUUAAAGAAUAUAACUUAGAAUUUCUCCAUGAGCUUAGUUCAAAUGGAAUAGCCCAUCAGAACCCAAAAUAUAAGCUUGUUUUACUCCAGUGUUUGUAAACAAAGUGCAAAUGUAAAUAAACACUAUAUAUCCUCAAAACAUGGUUACAACUAUAAUUUUGAUAUCAUGGAUGGUCUAUGGAUUUAAGAGUGGUUACAUUUCUCCAGCCACAUCCCUAAACUUUGACCAAAACAGGAAUCGGGGAGGUCUCUUUUAUCUUUUUUUAUGGAUUCAACUGCUGAUUGCCGCUUUAAGAUCCAAAGUCAAACUGUGCACAAUAAGGCCCAUUAUUAAUGAAGCAAGACGAAGGUUGGUCAGAUAAUUUCGAGGCAACAGUUUUACUGAUAUUAUUUGUCAUUUCCAUGUAAUGUGUGAAAAUAAAAAUGCUUUGACUUGU